AUGGCCUCCAGCUUGGAGAACAACCUUUCGUGUCCCGUUUGCCAGGACAUUUUCAAAGACCCGGUCGUCCUGUCGUGCAGCCACAGCUUCUGCCGGGCCUGCAUCCAGAGGUGGUGGGUGCAGCAGAAAACACGACAGUGUCCGUAUUGCAAGAAGAGUUCAUCGAAGAGCGAGCCUCCUCGCAACCUGGCGCUGAAGAACCUGUGCGAGGCCUUUCUGCAGGAAGAGGCGCAGCGGGCGGCAGCGGGGCCCGAGCACAUGUGCAGCCUGCACGGCGAGAAGCUCAAGAUCUUCUGCCUGGACCACCAGGAGCUGGUCUGCUUGGUCUGCCGGGACUCCAGGACUCACAGAGACCACCAGUUCAGCCCCAUCGAUGAGGCGGCCCAGGACCUCCGCCAGGAGCUGCAGAAAGACCUGACACCCCUCCGGGAGAAGCUGACGCUUUUCAAGCAGGUGAGGCGGGACUGCAUCCACACGGCAGAAUACCUCCGGGUCCAGGCCCGGGACACCGAGAACAAGAUCCGGCAGCAGUUUUGGAAGCUUCACCAGUUCCUGGAUCAGGAAGAGAAGGCGCGGAUGAAGGCGCUGAGGGAGGAGGAGGAGCAGAAGAGUCGGCUGGUGAAGGAGAAGGUGGAGGCUCUGACCCGGGACAUGGACGCUCUUUCAGACACAAUCACAGCGAUGGAGACGGAGCUGAGAGCUGGAGACGUCUCGCUGCUGCUCAACCACAAGGUGGCGACCGGGAAGGUCAAGCAGGGCCCGGUUCUGCAGGACCUGGAGCCGGUUCCAGGGGCUUUGAUAGAUGUGGCCAAACAUCUGGGAAACCUGACCUACAACAUCUGGAAUAAGAUGAAGGGCAUGGCGUCCUACAGUUACAUGAUCCUGGAUCCGAACACCGCCGACCCGGAGCUUGUCGUGUCGCCCAACCUGCUGAGCGUCACAUUCGGUGGGUCGCGAGAUCUGCCGAGCAACCCGGAGAGGACCAGGUUCCCCCGCACCGCCCUGGGCUCCGAGGUGGUGAAGUCAGGGACCUACACUUGGGCCGUGGAUGUUGAAGGCAAUGCCGACUGGGAGCUGGGAAUGCUGGAAGCCAAUGGUGGUGACACAGCGAAGCCGCGGCUGUGGAGGAUUUCACUCAAGGACGGUAGAUACAAGGCGUUGGCUGGAUCGGGCUCGGAGCAAGACCUGCAGGUGUGGGCGCCCCGGAAGAUCAUAGUUCAUCUGGACUUCAAGGAGGGGGAGUUAUGGUUCGAUGAUAUUGAAGCAGAAACAGUCGUGCACACUUUCAAGCACAGGUUCACAGGCUUGAUCUUUCCUUACAUGUACACCCGGAGCUCAGUCCCACUCAAGAUCCUGCCAGUCAACUUUACCGUGACGACACUGAGUUGGGCAGAUUGGGAGGCGGGACCAGACCCUGAACCCUGA